AUGAAUGAAGAAAUCGAUCAUCAUUUAGAGAUGCAAGAGACUAAUGCUAUGCUGCUUUAGUAAUUUGAAAAAGAGAUGGAACUGCAAGAACCAGAAACUCCAAAUAAAUACUCAGAUCAUUCAGAUCCACCUUCUCCUAAAAAAUAAUCUAAGAAAAAAGAAAGAAUGGUUGAAAGAUUAUUAACUAAUAGAGCAAAAUUCAAUGACAGAACAGCAUUAUUUAAUUUAAUCAAUACUUUAUAAUUGGUAAAGGAUUCAAUUAAGUUUUAGGCUAUAACAUUAUAUAAUCUAAGUUCAAUUAUUAAUAUAGAAGGAUAAACAAAUUUAAAAUUUUAUGAUUCUAAUACAAUUUAUAGCUUUUAUGUUUGGAAUAAGCAAGGAUUCACAGUUUAUUAUCUGAUUAUCAUUUUAAUAAUGGUUCAUAUUUUAAAAUUAUUAACAUGUUUGGUUGGUACUAAUUAAAUAUAUCAAAUAAGGUUAUUUUUGUGUUGUAUAAAAAAGUGAAAAAUUGUUAUCUAUCUUUAUGAUGUUAACAUUUACUUGUGUAAUAACUAGAGGCAUAAUAACUAUAUUAUUACUAAUUGAUUAUAAUUAAAUAGAACUUAUCUAAUCUUAUAUAUAUGGAGAUUCUGAUAAAGUAGCAUAAUCCUAAGCUGUAUAAUUUAUUAUAGUUUUGAUUCUAUUUGUUGCAGUUGAAAUUAUAAUGGGUUUAUAAAGUCUCUUAUUAGCAGGAUAAGCUAAGAAAAAAUAUAAAUGUAAAAUAAUUUAUUUAUAUUUAUAAAGCAAUGCGAAUUAAUGAAAAGAAAAUUUCUGCUCAUUACUCAAUGGCAUACUAGAUUAUGUUAAGAUAAUUUGUAAUUUGA